AAGCAUCCUAUAUAAGGGCUUCUUAGGAAGGGAAUAUAACGCGCGGUCGUUCUACGUUUUGAACUUGUGGCAGACGUACCCUUAUUCAGAAUUAUUUUCAAGUAAUAGCAGCGACGUAUAGGUAUUUUCCGUAUAGGAGAGACAGCAGGCUGAAUAAGUAGACAUCUGAAUGUAACAUGACAAUGAUGGAGGAUAAGCCGGAAUGACCCACACCAAGAACUACCACUAAUAAAAACCCCAGAAUGGUAACAGGAUUUUCUCUGUGAGUGAUAUAAAAAAAAGAAUAUGUCAAAACCAAAUGAUCCACUGAUCUCAGAGGAGGAUCUAACGGGAAAUCAACAGGUGGAGGAGGAAGAUGAAGAAAUCGAAGAACUCAUCGACGUGGAGUGCCAGGCCACAUCCGGUCUGGAUAUCCAUUAUCCCAAGAGAAGGGCUAAAUACAAAUCGGCUAUGAAGUCUUUGAUUCCUAUCAGACUCAAGAAAUCCCCUAAGGAUGAACUUCCCGAGGCAGCUGCUGGAUUCUUCUCUCUUUUGACCUACGCAUGGCUGACUCCAAUCAUGUGGAAAAUCAACAGAAAAGGCACUGAAUUUUUACAACACAUGAGGUGUCCCGAUGUCAACCGAGCAGAGGUUAAUGCAGAAAGGUUGGAGCGUAUAUGGAGAGCAGAGUUGAAGGCCAAAGGCCCAGAGAAGGCAUCUUUUGCCCGGGUGUUGUUGAGGGCAGGAAGGACCAGGAUCAUUCUUGGGGGGAUGACCUUCAUCAUUUCAAUGUCCUUCAGUUUUGCUGCUCCGGCCUUUGUACUAAGGAGAAUUCUGGAUGACCUUUUGUCUGGUAACAGGGACCUGGGCUUUGGGAUUGGCUUGGUAGUUCUCAUGGCUGCCAUGGAGUUUAGUCGAUCCAUGUUUUUUGCUCUUGGCUGGGUGACUAAUUACACUACAGGUUUACGCAUGAGGGGAGCUGUAUUGAGCAUGCUUUAUGGCAAAAUAUUGCGGCUUCGUGGCUUAAAAGACAAAACUGUUGGUGAGCUGGUGAACAUCUGCAGCAAUGACGGACAGAGACUUUAUGAGGCCUUUGCCAUCGGCCCACUCCUGAUUGGUGGACCUGUUAUUUUAUUGUAUGGAAUAAUAUAUACAGUAUUCCUGAUUGGACCGUGGGCUUUAGUGGGCAGUGCUACUUACCUUAUGUUUUAUCCUUUUAUGGCAUUUAUUAGCAAACUGACAGCUCUUUUCAGAAGAAAAGGCAUCGUCAUCACUGAUAAACGAGUGAGGAUGAUGACAGAGUUAUUGAAUUGUAUAAAGCUGAUCAAGAUGUAUGCUUGGGAGAAAUCAUUUGCCAAAACUAUAGCAGGAAUCCGCAGUCAGGAGCGGGCAAUCCUAGAGAAAGCAGCCUACGUGAACAGCAUCAGUACCUCUGUGGCCCCGAUGGUACCCGUGAUGGCGUCCGUGUUUGUCAUUACUGCUCACGUCAUGACGGGAAAUCCUCUCAAUGCAGCACAGGCGUUCACUAUGAUAGCAGUGUUUAAUGCAAUGAGAUUUUCUUUGGGAGUCAUUCCUUAUGCUGUGAAAGCUUUGGCCGAUGUUUAUGUGUCCACCAAGAGGUGCAAGAGUCUGUUAAUGAUGGAGGAGAUCCAGCCUCACACAUCCCAGAUCAACAACCCUAAGUACGCUGUGGUGAUAAAGAAGGCCAGCUUUUCUUGGGACCAGGAGGUGUCUGUAGUACAGGCGAAUGGUCUGCUGGAUGUCCAGAUCACUGUUGUGAAUGGACAAUCAAAAGGAAAGGACGGGGAGAGGGAACAGCUACAUAAGAACACAGAGGAACAGGGAUACGUGGCAGCUCCAACAUUGAAAGACAUCGAUCUGGUGUUGGAAAAGGGCAAGCUGCUAGGAGUGUGUGGAAGUGUUGGAUCUGGGAAAAGCUCCCUAAUAUCUGCCAUCCUGGGAAGGAUGGUGAAAACUGCUGGUAAAGUAGCAGUAAGUGGGAAUAUAGCCUACGUCUCUCAACAGCCGUGGAUUCUGAAUGCCACCAUCAGGGAGAACAUCUUGUUCGGAGAGAUGUACCAUGAAGACAGAUAUAAUGCAGCCAUUGAAGCAUGCUGUCUUCGAGAAGACUUGGAAACUUUUGUCUCAGGAGAAGAUACAGAGAUUGGUGAGCGGGGUAUAAAUUUGAGUGGGGGACAGAAACAGCGUUUGGCCCUGGCCCGUGCCCUGUACGCCGAUAAAGACAUCUACCUAAUGGAUGACCCUCUGUCUGCGGUAGACAUACAUGUGGGGAGACAUAUCUUUACAGAGUGUCUUAUCAAAGGACUGAAGAAGAAAACAGUCCUGUUUGUUACACAUCAACUCCAGUACCUGAGUUCCUGUGAUGGAAUCAUUGUUAUUACGGAUGGGGAGAUUACGGAGAGGGGGAAACACGAAGAAUUGAUGCAGCAGGAGGGGGAAUACGCCAGCCUCAUCAACAGACACUAUAAACAGCAGGAAGAAGAGGGGGAGGAUCAAAAGGCUGAUGAUCCGAGAUCACCUGUGAGUUUGAGGGAAAACCCGCUCCUUCAGCACAGCAACAGCAACAAUAACCGAAGCAGGACAUUCUCUGCCAGAUCCUGCGAGUCUGAGUUGUCCGGGACUUCUUACACAGACGUACCGCUAUCGGGGAGGGAAAAACCAGGGAUGGAAACACAAAUGUCCGUCGUUAGCUCUACCCAGGAGGAAAGGACCAAUAAGGGAAGGCUGGUCAUAGCAGAAGAGACCAGUAAGGGGAAGGUGACCUUUCACACAUACAGAUGUUAUAUGAAGGCAGCUGGAGGGUUCAUUGUCUGUGCGUUAGUUAUGCUAGUCUACAUCGUCAGUGUUGCUGUGUCAACAGGAACAAGUUGGUGGUUGUCAUACUGGCUACAGCAGGGUGGAGGGAACACCACAGUUGAUCUGGGAAACAAUGUGACGGUGAAGAGCAUGGAUAUACAGGAACACCCUGACAUCAGGUUUUACGCUCUGGUCUACGGAAUGGGGGUCAUCGCCAUGGUGAUAUUUACACUAUUCCGAGCUCUCCUCUUCAUGAAGGUGACGCUUCAUGCUUCUAGUAAACUGCAUGACAAAAAUUUCCUCAAAAUUCUUAGAUGUCCCAUGUCAUUUUUUGAUUCUACUCCGAUUGGAAGGAUUGUCAAUAGAUUUUCCUUUGACAUGGAUGAAAUUGAUGUUCGGUUACCCGGCAGUUCUGAAGUGUUCAUCAUGAAUAUCCUGAUGAUAAUAUUCGCUCUUAUUAGUAUAGCCUAUGUCUCUCCAUAUUUCCUUAUAGCCCUGUUGCCACUUGCCAUAGCAUUUUUUGGGAUAAAUUUUGUAUUUACUUCUGGUGUUCGUGAAUUAAAGAGGAUGGAUGCCAGAACCCGAUCCCCUCUCAUCAGCCAUAUCACUGCCACUGUGCAGGGCAUCAAUACAAUCCAUGCCUUUGGCAAAUCAACAGAAUUUAUGGAUAGAUUCCACCAGCUGCUGGAUUCGAACUCGGUGCCAUUCUUCCUCUUCUCGGCCUCUAACCGCUGGCUGGCGAUUCGCCUUGACCUUCUCUGUGUGAUUGUGGUGGGAGUGGUCGGUCUUCUCGUGAUAGUCACCAACAUUCCGCCUGCUCUAGCUGGCAUGGCCCUCGCAUUCUCCGUCCAGAUGACAGGCUUGUUCCAGUUCACAGUAAGAAUGGCGAUUGAAACAGAGGCCAGGUUUACUUCUGUUGAACGACUUGCACAGUAUGAAAAGGAAGCAGAAUCAGAAGCCCCAAACGUCAUCAAGAAAAGCCGUCCCCCUGAUGAUUGGCCACAUGAGGGAUCUCUAGUGUUUAAGAGUGUCAAACUCCGAUACAGGGAUAACCUACCUUUGGCUCUGAAGGGAGUGUCAUUUGAUGUUCUUCCACGAGAGAAGAUCGGCAUUGUGGGUCGGUCUGGAUCAGGAAAAUCCUCCUUGGGCGUGUCUCUGUUUCGUUUGGUUGAGUUAGAGUCUGGGUCCAUUAAGAUAGACAACCUUGACAUUUCCACACUAGGAUUACAAGAUCUGAGGUCCAAGCUUUCCAUUAUUCCACAGGACCCAGUUCUUUUCAUAGGCACCAUAAGGUACAACUUGGAUCCUUUUGGUGAAUAUAACGAUGCAGCAUUGUGGUCAGCGAUAGAAAAAUGUCAUAUAAAAGAGACAAUUACUUCCCUUGAACAUCAGCUAGAUUCCCAGGUUAUAGAGAAUGGAGAGAAUUUCUCUGUAGGAGAGAGGCAGCUAAUUUGUCUGGCCAGAGCUCUAUUACGGCACAGUAAAAUUUUGAUGCUGGAUGAAGCUACUGCUGCCAUAGAUACAGAGACGGAUGCUUUGGUGCAGACGACAAUCAAGGAGGCUUUUUCUGACUGCACAAUGCUGAUCAUAGCUCACAGACUGAAUACUGUGUUAUCCUGCAGUCGUAUCCUCGUAAUGGAGGAAGGAAAGGUGGUUGAAUUUGACACGCCUGGGAAACUGAUGUCUAAUUCUAAAUCCAAGUUCAAGAUGAUGCUAGACGCCACAGAAAACCACAAAUUAUGAUCCAGAAUGAUUCUUAAUUUACUGUGUAUGCAAUAGGCUUUGUUAACUGGGAAGUGUAUACCUACAUUUAAUGUGAAUUUAGUUUAUUUUGAUCUUGACUUUAUGCUGAGCAGGUGAUUCUAAUCAAUUCAGAAAAUUAAUGAAUUAUGUAUAAAUAUUGAUGUAAUUCAUAUAAAAGUACUAUACUUUUGCUACUAAUGAGUAGGAAUUUAAAGUAGAUAUAGUAAUGAUGCAUUCAAGUACUUACACUGUAUAAAGCUUUAUUUUCACUGCAGUUUAAUUUUCACUAUCACUAGGUCAAACUAUGAAAAUCCGCAGUGAGUAGGAACUAGUCAUAACAUUUAUAUACAUGUAGAAUGGAUUAUAGAAACAGAUUAGAAUGGAUUAUAGAAACAGAUUAGAAUGGAUUAUAGAAAUAGAUUAAGGCAAGAAUUCUUAAAUUUAACCAAAUGAAUGAUUACACUUGUGAUGUGAAUUGAAUUAGACAAUGUAUGAGUGUUUGUGUUUGGUGUGCAGUCAGUGGAUUAGAUUAUUGUUUUUCUCUUUAUGUAUAGAUGUAUGUGUCUCUGUAUGUACAGUGUAUUUUAACCGUUUGUAGAAUUUCUAUAAAUGGCUUUUGUUGUGAGCAAGAAAAUAUCUUUAUAUGCUUUCCAUAAUGGGUUUUGUUUUUGGACGUGAGGAACUUGCGUUUAGUGAACUUGAAGAAACAUUAAAAUGCAUGUAUACUUUAAAGAAGUGAAUGAUAAAUAUUUAUUACUUGGCUAUAAACAAGUUAUUCUAUGUAGAUUUGAGAUAUCCCGCUGUUUGAUGUUUAUUUUGUGUACUUGGCUAUAAACAAGUUAUUCUAUGUAGAUUUGAGAUAUCCCGCUGUUUGAUGUUUAUUUUGUGUACUUGGCUAUAAACAAGUUAUUCUAUGUAGAUUUGAGAUAUCCCGCUGUUUGAUGUUUAUUUUGUGUACUUGGCUAUAAACAAGUUAUUCUAUGUAGAUUUGAGAUAUCCUGCUGUUUGAUGUUUAUUUUGUGUACAUUCAGGAUAUCCUGCUCUUUGAUGGUUAUUGGGUAACCCACGUACACUAAUUUGACUGCAACUCCACUGUUAACAUUUUGAACCAAUUUGUAUGCUUUAUCGGCAAUGAUUGAAAGAGUAUAUUUUAUACAUGACAGAAUUGUAUUUAAGACGAGACCAAACAUACUUAUUUCUUUGAAGUGUUUUAUAUUAUGUAUAUUUUUAAAGAUUUUUUUAAAAAAAUGUCCUCAAAGUAUAUGUACAUGUAUCAAGAAUGAAAUUUAUUUUCAUCUACUUACUUUUUGGUUGAAUAUGAGAUUGCUUGUGAUAUGAAUUUUUCAUUUCCUGGAAUAAACAUCUCAACCUUAAGCACCCUUCCCACCCUGUGUGCUCCAUUCUACCAGUACUUGUUGAAAACUAUCAAAAGUUCCGUGUUUUUUAAAUGACUUGAUAUUCUUAUAGAACAUGACUCUGACUUUGUCUUUAGAGCAAUUAACAUGAUGUUUUCCUUUUUUUAUAUAUUACAAGACAUUUUAAUAUCUAAAAUUCUCUCUCUCUCUCUCUCUCUCUCUCUCUCUCUCUCUCUCUGUCCAUCUCUCACUCACUCUGUCUGUCUCUCUCCCUCUUAUAUUAAGCAUUAUAUUUUCAUUCUAUACACAGAAACAAAUCUAAUGAAUAUGAAAUCCAUGACCAAUAACCAGUAUUUGACAGACUGUCGACAUACAUUGUGUCUUAUUGUUAGUUUCAUAUGAUCGACUAGAAUUACAUGGUAAACUUUUUUCUUUCUUUUAAUUUAGAAGCACUUAGUAAAAUUAAGACUCUAAACUAAAUUGUGUUUUCUGUUUUAUACUAUACAAUUACAGAGGACUUGCUUUUAAAUCCCCCCCCCCCUCCCCGGUUAUCCAUAUUCUAUUAUUAACAUAUCCUCAUGCCAGUUCAAUUGAAUGUGAUGUACGCAGGUAUGAAAUUCAAGUGGUCAGUUAUCUUUAGAGAUAGCAUUGUACAAAUUACACUUCUUUGUACUAUGAAAGAUUUACUUGAAGUGAGAAAAAACUCAUGGAAAUCAUGUCAAUUGUAAAAAUGUUUUAUAUAUAUAUUUAUAUAUAUACAUAUCGUGUAUUGGCAAUAAGUGAAUGCAUAUUCAAUGGUAGAUGUUUUAAAUGAAUUUGUUUUGUUCAAAAUGAUGAUUAUUUGAUGAAUAUUAUAUAUGUAGUUCAUCAGCCAAAUCAGUUAUGAUCUUUACAUUUCACAAUAAUGUUUUCAAUAUCAUUUCAUUAAGAUAAAAAAUUCUUGCAAGCAUUUUUCAUGCAAAUGUGUAGAUUGAUAUAUUUAUGAACAUAUUUGUUAAUGAUAAUCACGUUACAGAACCUGCAAUAACUACGCGUCAUUGUACCAUAAAUUUUGUGCCAUAAGGCGCAUCGUGAAUCUGUGCACUUAUGAAUUACUGUGUACCAGGAAAAUUAACGGGAAUCCUUUGUGGUCAAAGUUAAACUUGGCCUAUUUAAGAAAUUGGCAUAAUUCAAAAGUACAUGGAGCAAGAUAGUUCAAAAUGGGGUCAAUCAUUUUUACAUGUUAGAGUGAAAUUCAAUUGAAAUAUUUUUGUUUAAAUUCUUGUAUACAUUAUGAAUUUGUUAAUGCUGACUGUCACAAAAUCAAAUUGUUGUGUAGUUAAAUUAUUAAUGUUCUUCCUUGAAUUAGAAUAUUAUAUUUAUUAUUUGUUGAUUAUUUAGUUGAUGUAAAAUUAUCAUUGUAAAUGGAGAAUUUAAUUAUCAUAAUUAUUAUCUGUUGAUUUCUUAGUUGAUAUAGAAUUAUCAUUGUAAAUGUACCAUUACUUGUACAGUAUUUGUCAUUGGAAAUUUCUCUUCACCUUAAAUCAUGAAUAUGACUUAGAAUGAUUUGUACCAAUUUUUUGUAUACCAACCAUAUCUUAAUUUGUAGAUGCAACAGAAAUAUUAAUGCAUCAAUAUACAUAUUAAAGGGACUGAUUCACGAUUUUCCCCAAAAUUUUGUUUUUCACUUUAAUGACCAAAGAUUUUGCAUAAAAAUUAAGGUUAUACAUGAUCUCAGAAGCUCAUUAUAGAGAGUUUGUUAUUUGUUUUAUAAACAAAGAUUGCCGUAUGUUAUUGUUUACGAAAUUUUAAAAAGAAAUGGAUAUCGAUCUAAUUUUAUUAUAUCUUUCACAUUUCAAGCAUUCUUUGGGUAGACUGUAUCAUCUAAAAGUUAAAAUUUGUGACUGCGAAAUUAAGAUGCUUUAUAUUACAAAAUUAAUAUUUCACUGGUUUGUUUGUAUACAUAAAAAGACUCAAGUCUUUGUUUACAUAACACAGACUUAAGGCUAUAAUAAUGCUAUUAUUCUUGCUUUCAGAAGGUCAAAAGUUUGGCUGUCAACAUUAAAUGAAUUAUGUUUAACAUCAAAAAUGCAAAUAUUUUUUUCAAAAAUCGUGAACCAGUCCCUUUAGUGUGGACCUAUGCAAUAAUUAAUCUAAUAUUGAUUGGAAGUAGAGUGGGUCCAUAUAGAAAUCCUAGUACAUUUAAACUAUAUGUAACAGCUUCAGUCAAACACAAUUUUCUAUGCACUAUUUAUUCUGUUGAAAUUGAAAUGUAUUUUCCUUUUUUUAAAAAGAUGCCAUGGCAAUCAUUAUUUUGUCAUUUCACAACCAUUGGUGCUUUCCCGUCAAUCCUAUACAUUAUAUAUAUUUUUGCAAUGAAGCAAUUUGAGAAAUGUUAUCUGGGAAGAGUGUGGUAAUGGUGUGUUGUGCGAGAUCUUCGUUAUUAUGAUCAUUCAUAUUUCUUGUUGAUUAUUUGAUGUAUAGAGUCGGUAAUUAAUUAAUUAUUUUUAAUAAACUUAAUUCUUAGA